AAUGAAUGUAGCCAAAAGAUAGACAAACGAAGUAAAUUUAAGCUCUCUCUCAAUACCUUUGCAUGCUCCCACUUCCUUUCUUCUGUUAAGCCAAAGCUCCUCAUCCUUCCACUACACAAAACCAACUACUUCCUUCACUCAGACAUUUUCACAAACACUUGCAAAACACUACUAACAAUGAGCAGCGAUCAAACCCAAGGUUCAGAGACUGAGAGCAGCUCCAAUUCCUUCACCUCCACAACACCACCUUCCUCGCCUUCCUCACUCCAAAACCCACUCUCAGCAAAUCUCCAAAAACCCAACUCCCCAAUCCAUCAAGAAAUCGAAUUGCCCGGCAAGAAAAACACCAAACGGGGCAGAGACUCCAGCAAGCACCCGGUUUAUCGGGGGGUCCGAAUGAGAAAUUGGGGCAAAUGGGUAUCCGAAAUCCGCGAGCCCCGGAAAAAAUCGCGCAUUUGGCUCGGCACCUUCCCGACGCCGGAAAUGGCAGCCCGAGCCCACGACGUGGCCGCGUUGAGCAUCAAAGGCAACUCAGCGAUUCUCAACUUCCCUGAACUCUCCGACUCGCUGCCUCGCCCGGUUUCACUCGCUCCACGCGACGUCCAAGCCGCGGCCUCCAAAGCCGCGCAAAUGCACCAAUUCGACGCCAACCCAUCAAUGUCGUGUUCCAUGCUGUCCUCGUCCUCGUCUUCUUCGCUGUCGUCGCUCGUCUCUGCCAUAGACAACCUGUCGACCGAGUCGGAGGAGCUGAGCGAGAUCGUUGAGUUGCCGAGUCUGGGUUACGAGUCGACCGAGUUGAGAAGCGAGUUCGUGUUUGUAGACUCGGAGGACCAAUGGGUUUACCCCCCUCCAUGGCUGCAGCGCUUGGGGGAUUGUGGCGGCGGGUAUGUUUGCGAUGAGUUGGGGACGCCGAGUUCAAGUGGGUUUGAGGGUUCGUUAUGGGAAUAUAAUUAGCAAUUUGUUUGCUAAUUAGCUGUUAAUUAAGAGUUUGUGUAAAUGUUUUUUGUUUUUUUUUUUUGUUUUUUUUUUGGGUCAAGGAGUUUGUGUAAAUUUAAGUGUGAGCUUUCUCUUAA